GCAUAUAUGAAGCGAGGAUGAGAUGUGUGGAUGAGUACAACACACUCGCUGCUUGUCGUAGUAUUGUCGUCACAGCCACAGACCAGAAAUAACUAUGAGGUUAUGGGCGUGUGUGUGUGCGGUGUUGGUGGUGUCGGUAGAGUCUCAGCGCUCUAACCCCAACAACCCGAGACUAGGUCUCGUGUCUACAUUAAUUGGUGUUGACCCUGUCCCUGGCGGCCCUAAUUUUAACACACAACGACCAAACCCUGGAAGGCAAUGCGUCUGCCUGCCAGUCAACCAACAAUGCCCAAUCGGCCAACUGCCGUCUAUUGGGACCCCAAUCGGUGGUGGUGGUGGUAAUGGCGGGAACUUUGGGGCAGGUGUCAUCAACGUACGCAUAGUAAACUUGCCUCAAGCAGGAGUUUGUCCAGACCAGAAAAUGUGUUGUGUCAAUCAUGGCGGCGGUCCUGUAGGCCCGGGCACAGCUACGCCGAGGCCGUCCCCCAUAAGACCCAAUCCAGUACCAAUCGGUGACACCAGAUGUGGCAUCCAGAAUCCGUUACCUCUUCCUCAUCAGUCACCACAGUUUGCUCAGGCUGAUUUCGGAGAAUACCCCUGGGUGGCCGUGGUGCUCGACUUGAGCAAUAACUACAAGGGCGGCGGAGCUCUGAUCGCACCAAACUGGGUCUUGACAGCAGCACACAGAGUUAAGGGCGAGAGAAACCUGAAGGUCCGUAUGGGGGAUUUGGAUGUCAGUACAGCUCAAGAACACCCUACAUUAAGACAUCUGGAAGUCAAUGUGGCGAGAGUGGUUAUUCACCCCAACUUCGACGACAAAACCCUGAGGCAUGACGUAGCUCUCCUUCAGCUUACUCAGUCAAUCAAUACUGGCCAAUUCCCUCACAUAGGCACCGUUUGUCUCCCAGAACAAGGCCAAUUAUUUGCCGGCCACAGCCAGUGUUGGGUGACUGGGUGGGGUAAAGAUGCCUUUAACAGCACAGGUCUCUUCCAAAACAACCUGAAAGAGGUGGACUUGCCCGUCGUGGACCCGACUGUCUGUCAGGAGCGCCUCCGACAAACACGCCUUGGAACUGAUUUCAUUCUUGAUUCCAAUUCCUUUGUUUGUGCUGGUGGUUUCGAAGGAAAGGAUGCCUGCACGGGUGAUGGAGGAGCUCCCCUUGUGUGCCCUAACCAGUCUGGCCAAUUUACGGUAGUAGGACUGGUGGCGUGGGGCAUCGGCUGUGCCACAAGCGAGGUGCCAGGCGUCUACGUCAACAUCCCCAACUUCGUCAACUUUAUCUAUAGCACUAUACGGUCCUAGUUGUGAGGUGGGCUGCCUAUGACCUCAAACCCGAUCAACACCAUCUCUUUUAGGAAGAAGUAUUUAUUGUAAUCAAAAUGAAAUAUUGUAUAACGUAAGUUAAAAAAAAUAUAUAUAUAUUCAAAAUAUGAAUGUAAAUAUUCACUUCCAACAUCAUGACUGACUGCGGUCAAUUAGUGAAGCUGGUAAUCAUUCAGUUCCGGACAUUACUCCAACUAUGACUACCACACGAUGAUCUUGAUACGAUUCUGAAAAUGCUUCUAACUUAAAUAUAUGAUUCUCUCAGUAAUAUCACAUGUACAGCAUACAGUACUUCCAUAACUCAGGACUUACCACAUUCUGUACUCCUGCACGUGACAGCUCGGCCAAGCGGUAUUGGACGAAGUAAAUUUUUUGACAUCCCCCCCCCCAAGGCUUUAACAUAACUGGAAAUCACAAGCUUGCAUACUUGCAUAAGAGUCAGACAUUUACUUACUGGCAAACCCUGAAUCCAGAUUUAGUUCAUACAGUACAGAGAACAGGUCUUGUUUCAGAGUAUCUGCUGGCAACAAAUAAAAGAUCAACUAAAUGUUCAGAUCUCCAUUUUUAGUUCACUAAUGACUCCGAGGAAAUGUAUUAGCAGAGUCUGCGAGACCCCAAAUGAUCAAGACAACAGUAACAAACAGAAUUUUCAUGACCUACUUGAAAAUAAUUAAGAUUAUAUUUUUAAUUUGAGAAACGACAAUACACAUUUUUAGAUUUACAGCCAAUGGAAGUUUACACCAAGACCACAUACAAACAUUAUUGUGCAUCCUCAUCAUAUGCCAAGUCCUGAAACAGGUAUGAAAGUUACAAAGCUUUAGGGGAAUUAUAAGUCUUGGCAAUAGGCUAUAGUACUAAGUGUGUUCCAACAGCCCGGGAGAUUCUAUCACUGAUAAGAAGCACAUGUUAUAAGCGAAACUAUUUUGUUACAUUUCAAAAUAUACCUAAAGGUAUUUACUAUCACUGUGAUGUUAGAAACUUAAUUAUGGUUAUUGGUUAUUGUUAUAGUACAAUAAAAUAAUAAUUUGCA